UCCAUGAAGGCCGUUAGACCGAGAUACUAUCUAGAUCUAGAUUCUAAAUUAAAUUCAUAUCGAUCUCCGUAGAACUAAUUCGACUUACAAUAUUUUUUUAGAUCUUUUAUGCCUUUGCUUGUACCAUGGCAGCAGACGACGACAGUGCAGUUUCAAGUGAUAGCUUACCCGAAGAGGACGAAAAAGAAACUUCAGAUUUCGACUAUGAAGUCGAUGAUGAUGCUGAUGAUCAGGACGAUGAUUAUGACGAUGGUUCAUCAACUUCAGAUUCAAAGAAACCAAACAAAAACCUAAGAAAAGCAUCAGAUAAUCAGUUUACUUACCAUUGUGAAUGGAAUGACUGCAAACAUACAUCAUCAAGUAUGAACGAAUUUAAUCACCAUGUUGAUCAACAUCGGCGUGGAUACACAGAAUGCAUAGGAACUGAUGAUACAGUUAGCACAGGGGUGUACGUCUUCUUCUGCCAGUGGCAGGGCUGUGAUGCGAACAUUGAGGGCCAGCUGGAUGACUUCUCGCGGCACGUCUUCUACCACACCUUCCACCAGUACCUCAAGUACAUGGGCCAGCACAUCCAGAAGGUGGAGAACCUCCACGGCUGUCAGCUGGAGACAGAGUCCAGGAAUGUCAUCCCAGAGCUGCCAGAGAAGUUGAUGUGUCGCUGGCAAGACUGUGGGCUAGUGUAUGACAACCCCUAUAUUUUCUACUCCCACGUGACACACCACUGUGAGGACUACCCUAAAGGAAGAAAUGUAAAACUUCCCUGCAAGUGGGAAGGCUGCCCUAGCGUCACAAAAUCCAUCUACAAAAUGAAGGACCACGUGCGCUCUCACACACAAGCCAAGGUGGUGGCCUGCCCGCAGUGUGGGAGCCUCUUCGCCAACAACACGCGCUUCAUUGACCACCUCAAGAGGCAGGGCCCUGAAGCAUCUCUCAAGUUUGAAUGCUCCCACUGUAGUAGCAGGUUUGGUUCUGAGAGGAUUCUGAGGGACCACAUGAGACAUCAUGUGAAUCACUACAAGUGCCCUCUCUGUGACAUGACCUGCCACUCACCGUCAGCUGUCAGAGAUCAUGUCAGAUACCGUCACUCAGAGGAGAGGACCUACACGUGUGAGAACUGUACCUACAAAGCUAAAACCCUCUCAGACAUGAGACGUCACGUGGCCUCCCACAGUGUUGACAGGACGUCGUAUGUGUGCAACAAGGAGGACUGCGGUAAGGUGUUCUCCCAAAGGAGCGCACUCACUCAGCACUACAUAGCCGACCAUGAGGCUGCCAGAAAAGAAUAUCAAUGUCACAUCUGUGUCAAACAGUUUGGGCGUGGCUUUCAACUGACCACUCACCUGAAGGAAAGCCACAACUACAAGUGGCCCUCUGGACACAAGCGCUUCAGGUACAAACUUCAUGACGAUGGCUUCAGGAGACUGCAGACCAUUCGUUUUGAGAGCAUAGAGGUCAGCCAGCAGGUGCUAGGUACAAGUCUGACCCCUGGGGAUGGGGACACAUAUCCAGGUCACGUGGGGGUCAUGCAGGUCGGCAGUGACAUCAUCAAACAAGAUGAGACAGGAACUUCAUCAUAUGCUACACCUGAAAGUCAGAUAGGUGGAGGUCACGGUCGUGGUGCCACCUUGAAACGACCAUCAGAAGACAGCCUGUCUCAGAGACCUAAAAGGGCCAAGAGACAGGAUGCUCACCCAUGUACAGCCGAGCACCUGAAGGAUCUGUCCAACCUGAGUCUGCCCAGUCUCUUGUCCCCACUCUCAGCCAACUCAGUUGACAUCUCCCCCAGAACCCCAGGAUCAAAUCCCUCCCAGGCCAGUGUCGAGAGAUCUCAGGCCUCCUAUCAUUGCUAUGAUGGGCCAUCUCUGGGUGGCCAUGUGAAAUCUAUUGAGGCCAAUGUCAGACAAGUUCCACACACAGCGUCUAUGUUGGAAACCUCUGAGACCCACCCUGACACCCCUCAGCUCAACUUGGACUCUGCCAGUAUGGGAAAAUGUAAAUCAAACAAUGAGAAUUUCUUCACCGUCAUUUCAGACUGUAGGGUAGGACAGGAUGCAAGCCUGGCAAUGAAACCACUCUCCAGCCUCUCCUCCCUGCCUGUCUGUGUGUCCUUUGGUUCGGAGCUCAGCCCGGUCAAGCAGGAGCCUCAAGCAGAGGCGGCCUUGACCUUGAUCACACCCAAAAAACUGGCCACCCCCAGGGUCAGGUCCCAGCCCCUGGUCUACACUCCUGUGACAGACACCACACUCAACACACCAGAGAAGCUGCCUACAUUGGGGGCUGACCGGCCCACCCUGCCCACUUUUGGGACUGACCGGCCCACGUUGCCCACUUUUGGGACUGACCGGCAGACUUUGCCCACUUUUGGAACUGAUCAACAGGCAUUGUCCACAUUUGGGAGUGAGCAACUGGCGUUUCCCACUUUUGGGGCUGACCACUCACAGCUGCCUUUGAGCACCAUCUCAGUCUGUAACAACACUUUGAUCUCUUCAGAAUUCCAGACAGUCUUUAGUGUUGAGUCCUCCCCCUUCACACUUGACAAAAUGGCAACAGACUGCCUGCAAGCUGUGGUCAAAGACGAGCCGAGGGGUGGGGAUGUGGGUAGGUUUCAGGGGGUGGCACGGGAUGAGGCCCCAACUCACACCGUGACAUACACGGAGCUGAGGGAGGCAGACCAAGGUGAAGUCUCCCUGGAUGAUAACUAUGUCAAGGUAAUGGACAACACUGGGGAGCUGUACAACCUUCAGAUGCUGGGGGAGGUGGCGCUAAACACCCAGGGGAAGUCUGGCACUGCGCCUUAGCUGCAGUGGAUCAAGUCUGGCACGGGGCCCUAGAUGUAGUGUAUCAAGUCUGGUACUGCCAGUAGCUGCAGUGUAUCAAACAGGCCAACAUUUUUAUGGAGCAAUUUAGUGUUGUUUUAUAAGUAUUUAUUUUGUUGGUUUCUAUAGCCAUAUUAUGGAGUAUUCUUUACCAAGUUCUUCAGUAUUUACAAGAUCUGUUUGAAUGUUUUUUACGACUGUUUAUUUAUUUUUUGAAUACAUUACAUAUUUUUAAACAAACAAAUUUGUUC